AGCAGAGAAACGGUGAAGUCAAAUUGCAACCAAGUCUCAGAUUGAAGCAAGAAAUCAGCGAUGAAUCAUUCAAAUCCUUUCAAAAUCGAUGUAUUCAAAUCCUUUCAAAAUCGAUGUGUAACCGAACGGCGACUUCAAUUCUUCAAAUCAAAUGCUCUAACGUUCGGCCAACAAUUCCACCUCUGACCAAGUAUCGGAGCUCCCCACCAGGGAGAAAACAGCGCCACUGGAGGCCGGCACCCCCCAUCACCACGGUGGAAGCAGAGGCCCUCAUCCAGAGGGUCGGAAUCACGGCUGAGCAGUUCAAGGAGGUGCUGGCGGUACUGACGCCCAAUCGCGAGAUUGUGGUGGAAGAUGUGGCUGGGGGACCCACAGGCGGAAAGGCUGGACCUACGGGCUCCCAGGGAAAAAAGAAGAAAGUAAGGCUGUCCCAGAAGAAGAAGACAACCAAGCCUAAUGGGAAGGGCAUGAUGGAGGAUGCGCUGUCCAGAUUGGAUGAAGAAGAUGAGUCGUCCUCUUUCGAGCGGAUGUCUGCCUUUGACCGUUUGGGAGAUCCCAAGUCUAAGAAGCCCCAGACCUCCGCGUUCGAACGGUUGCAGGACACUCGGUCGGCCCGUAAAGGCGACCUGAGGGAUACGCUCAAGGAGAAGAGAGGAGAAUCCACAGCGACCUCCAAGGUCGGUUCUGAGGAGCGACGAAGGGCGGUCGAGGAAAAGGGAGCAGCUGAGUUGUGGAGAAUAAGGAUCAUGUCCUGCCCUCUCCCUGACAACUUCAAGACUCCCCAGAUUAAAGCAUACAACGGGACGACCGACCCCCAGGACCACCUUGCUCGCUUUGGGGCGAACGUGGUCAUGUAUGCAUACCCAGAAGAAAUCAAGUGUCGAUGCUUCCUGGCGACACUGGAAGGGCAGGCUUGUGAGUGGUUUCACAAGUUGCCCAAGGGAUCGAUAGACAAGUGGAGCGACCUGGCCCACAAGUUCUUGGAGCACUUCGCGUCCAUCCGAAGACAAAAGCUCCCCUUCUCUCACUUGCUCAAUGUGAAGAUUCGGAAGGGAGAGCAGCUCCGGGAAUUCAUUAGUAGGUGGGAGAAGGAGGCCAGGGACGUCCAAGGGGCGGACGACCAAGCCCUGAUCGCCAUGCUCCAAGCUGCACUCCCCCAAGGGGAUGUGCGCAACGAGCUGCGACGGAAUCUGCUCUCGACCUAUCAGGAGAUGUUGGCCAGGACGAAAUACCUGGCAUUGGAAGAGGAAGACGAUGAGCCGGUUGGAGGACCUGGAGUGCGUAAUCUCCCCCGUCCACCUGUGCCUGAAGUUCAACACUCCCACAGGGGUGAGAGUGGCAAAGGGGAACCAAAGCUUGUCUCGAUCGUGUUAUCGGACAAAAUUGAAGAAGUCACCCUGUACCCGGCCAAGCCAGAGCAGAAGGUAAAGGUAGGUAAAACUUUACUGCCUAGGUUAAAGGAGCAACUGUUGGAGGUCCUUCAAGCAUUCAAGGUGUUGUUCGCUUGGGGCCCAGAAGAUAUGCCCGGGGUCGACCCAAAGAUCAUCUGCCAUAGGUUGGCAGUAGACCCGACCCACAAGCCGGUCAAGCAGAAGAAACGUUUUCUUUCUUCAGAACGAAGAGAGUUUGUCACCAAGCAGGCUCACCCGGUCCAUGUGUUAUCUCAAACCCCAAUCGGAACACUCCUUCAGAGCUCAAAUGCCCCGUCGCGAGUCAGGAAGUGGGGAGUGUUCCUGGGGUCUUUCCAAAUAGAAUUUAAGCCGCGACCGGCGAUAAAGGGGCAGGCCUUGGCAGAUUUUGUGGUGGAAUGCACUGCGAGGGAAGAAGAGUCCAAUGGAGAGGAACCCGAAGGAAACUGGUGGACUGUAUACACUGAUGGCUCGUCCGCGACUGACGCUUCAGGGGGAGGUGUCGUGGCAAUAUCACCGGAAGGGUUCAAAGCAUACUACUCCGUGAGAUUCUUGUUUAAAGUCUCAAACAAUGAGGCUGAAUAUGAGGCGUUGCUUUGCGCGAAGGUGGUGAAACGACGUGCACCUAGCUACACGCUGGAGUGCGGUCGGCUGUACAAGCGGUCGUACAAUGGUACAUUAUUGAGAUGCCUAAGGAGUGGCGAGGCGCAGAAGUUAAUGGAGGAAAUCCAUGAAGGGAUAUGCUCAGCACACCAGGGAGCCUUCACAAUGUCCAGAAAGGUGACUCUACAAGGGUAUUUCUGGCCAACGAUUAUCAGAGAUUGCGCAGAAUAUGUGCGUAGAUGCAAAGUUUGCCAGGAAUUUCAAAAGGUGCCAGGGCGACCAGCGACAAACUAUACCCCGAUUAGCACGGCGAUUCCCUUUGCUCGGUGGGGAAUUGAUCUGGUUGGCAUUUUGCCCAGGGGAACAGGGAACAACACGUACCUGGUGGUCGCGAUCGACUACUUUACCAAGUGGGUCGAGGCUGCCCCUGUGCCGACCAUCACCGAAGAGCAGAUGAGGAAGUUCGUAUCCAAGCAAAUCUUGUGCCGAUUUGGGAGCCCCAGUAGAUCAUCACCGACAAUGGAACCUAGUUUGAGGCUAGAGGGUUCAAUGAGUUUCUACAAAGCUAGGAAGAAGAUAAUGGAAUGUAAAAGCGCCUGGGGGGAGGAAUUGACGUAUAUCUUGUGGACCUACAGAACCACCCCGAGGAAGGCUACGGGUGAAACCUCGUUCUCGCUUACAUAUGGGUUUGAAGCGAGGGCUCCAGCAGAAAUUUCAUUGCUGAGUUAUAGAGUGGAGACAUUUGACGCCCAGGAGAACGAAGAAAACUUAAGGGCGGAGCUGCACCUCAUUGAUGAGCGGAGAGAAAGGGCGUACAUACGAGCGGAGAACUACCGUCGGCAAGUCAAGUCGUACCACGACCAAAGGGUGCGACCGAGGCAGUUUGGAGUAGGCGACUGGGUCCUUAGGAAAAGGGAGGUCAGUCGGCCGACCAACAGAGGGAAGUUCGCUAAGAGUUUCGAGGGACCUUACAUCAUAAAGGAGGUGUUGGCCGAUGGGAUGUUUAGAUUGCAGACACCAGCUGGAGGCGACGUUCCGCGAGUAUGGAAUGCCGCCAACCUUAUUAAAUUUUACCAAUAGAUUGUAUUCCAGCCGUAUUUCUCUCUUAAAGUUUAAUAAAACCAGCAUUCUGGCAUAUCUUUUCCCCUAUUCUAAAAAAAGGAGCUUCCAAAAGAGAUCGCUAGUCUAAGCUGUAUGGUGAUUCGCACUAAGACACCCAACAGGGGAUGAAGUGUCGAACCCUGUCAAGCGACCAAGAUUGAAGGCUGUCAAGCGACGCGACUAACCAGAGGGCGACGCCGUGGCGAGAAAGCCUAAGAAAAUGUUCAAGUCCUG